AUGUAUGCCGGCUUCUUAAUCCCCCGUGAAGAGAUCACCCCUUGGUUGGAAAGACACGAUCUCCGGAGGUGGUUGAAGGAAAACAGUUGGGGUGACGACUUGAAUUUCGGCCUUCCAACCGGUGCCGAGGUUGCGCUCCAAAUGUACCUGAAGAAACACCUCGGCCUCAAGGCUCGCAACGAGUGCUUGAGGCGAGAUUUCAAAUGGGACUAUGCCGGUGUCUGGCUCAUCAGAAAAACCCGCAACCCGAAGGAGUUGUGCGACAUGUUUGUUGCCCACCGAUGGUAUCCUACCCCACCACCGGUCGAGCCAGAGUACGAGCGUUCCGAUCAAGACUUUGCAAACAAGUUGCGCUCAGUCGGUCUCACCAACUUCGUCUUCGCCUCCGCAACACCCCUCCGGGGCGGGAUGACAAAGAUGACCAUAAUUUGCCACCCCACCAGCGAUGAGGAUGGAAACGCCUCUCCAGGAAGCGAUGAUUCUACUGGUACCAUUACCCCUUUACCAUCACCUGAUGACGUGCUACCCAGCACUGAUCGGUAG